AUGUCUGGCCAGGGUGUACCAGAAAAUAAACAUUCCAAGAUCCUGGUUGCUGGAGCUGCGGGGUUCUUAGGGUCACAUCUUGUAGACCUUCUGCUAGAGAAAGGCCAUGAGGUGAUUGGUCUGGACAACUUCCAAACGGGCUUUCCCAACAACCUGAAACACUUAAUUUCGAAUGCCAAAUUCACCCUCGUCCGCAUCCCCUAUCGGCAAAGAACAACUACUGAUUGGGCCGCCUGGUCAUCAGAGGUCUACGGAGAUCCCAAGGUCUGUCCCCAACCGGAGACAUACUGGGGGAAUGUGAAUCCCUUUGGUCCCCGGUCUUGCUAUGAUGAAGGCAAACGAGUCGGGGAGGCUCUAAUGUAUGGAUAUCGGGAACAGCAUGGAACUGACAUUCGGAUUGCCCGUAUUUUCAACACGUACGGACCGCGGAUGGCUGCCUCGGAUGGAAGGGUCGUUUCUUCAUUCAUUGCGAGCGCGUUAUCGGGACAACCCAUCCAAGUUACGGGCGACGGAUCGGCGACCCGUUCAUUCCACGGAGAUGGUUGCGGAGCUAGUAGCCAGUACUACUAG